CGCCCGUUCAGUUCAUUUGUAGAAACCUCGAAAAUUGACAACAGAAACAUGGAAUCAAGAAACGUAAACAAUCCAUGCCUCGAGCAAAGCGCUGGACCUCGGAUGGUGAAAGGUGACAAUUUCUGUGAUAUGCCAACAAUCGCUGAUGGCAGACUAACCAGAUGUAGACUUGGCGAUUUUCUUAAACAGGAUAUCAAAAAUCCUGUCAUUCUUCCACUGUAUCCCAGCUCCCAGAAUCAUACAAAAUAUCCUUUGAAAAAUCUGAAGAAGUACCAAACGAUGGAGUUCCCGUUUUAUUCAUUUGAUACGGCUGCUGUCAAGGCAAUGAAGACUAUUGCAACGAUCGGCUCUGGAGUACCUGUCAUUGUGUUUGAGAUUCCGAGGAAUCUGGAUUCUCUGAAGGCACACUGGAAGAGGUGGAUGCCCUAUUAUGAAGAAUGUACGGAUAUCAGGCUUUUCAAUGAUGACAAUCUUGCUAAGAUUGAUGAUGGAUCGUUGUUUACUUUACUUCCUUGUGAACAAAUCCCAGCUCAGAAGCACACGAUGAAUCCUGAUACAUUUUACGAGAUUUACUCUAAGGCUUUCAUCCCAAAAGUGAAAAUCAACCAGCCUGUUGAUAUGAAUAAGUCAGAAGCGAAGGCCCCAUGUGUGAUUAAAAUGCCAGUUUCUCAAACACGAUGUGGUGUGAAAAUUGCAAAAACUGACCAGGAAAUUCAGGAAUAUGAAGAAUGGGUUGUAAAAUACGGUUGGAAAGAAGGACUGAUAUAUCAAGAACUUUUGACCGAUGUAAUAGCUGAUCGAGGAGUUCAGUUAUACAUCCAUAAAGAUGGCUCUGUCAGCCUUGGUGGUUUCAGUAAUCAGACUUUUGGUAGAUGCGCUGCAGAGAUAAUUUGGAAUGGGGGUAUAUUUUAUAGGAAUCUAGAAGAGGACAAGGUAAAUCUACGUAUGGUGAAAUUCCUGCAGCCUGCAAUCAAAAAGCUUCACGAGAAGGGUUACUUCGGCUACGUUUGCCUCGACGUGAUGGAAACACGUAACGGAGAGUUAUUCCUGAUCGAUAUAAAUCCAAGGGUCUCGGGAUCAAAUCCCCACUUGUCGAUGACUGAUGGAAUGGCAGAAAAGGGAUUCCCGGUAUCGAUGUAUACUGAAUCAAACAAUUUUACAAUCACCGUCGAUGAGUUGAUAUCUCGAGCAAACCGCCUCAACAAGAACAACGAUGCUGUAGUAAUCAUCCUUGCAGCGCAAGCUACGGAGAACGGCACAUUGCUUACUGCAAUUUCCAUAUUUGCUACAAAGGAGGAUCACCUACUCGAAGCCAAAGAGAAUUUCUUCCAGGGGUCACCGUGAUUAGGGUAGUUGGUAUGCCUAUUUGAGUCGAGGUGAAAUUGGAAGAAAUCAAAUCAUUUAAAUAAUGGUGCAUUUUAUAGAACAGGGUUCUUUAUGCAGAAAACACCUUAAAUACUAACGAACAUGUACCUAGCCGAGGCGGAAUAAGAGUUUGUUCUAAAGCAUUUUGUGCAUGUGCAGCGCCUCAAACAUCAUGGAUUCUGUAUUUAAGUCAGAUGGAAUAUGAAGACAACAAAUUAUUUCCAC